CCCACAGUUAUAUUUCAAUUUUGAAGAUUGUUAGAAAAUUUCUACGCUUUCCCAUCCCUUGUAUUACAAAAAACUUAAGCGUUAAGCGAAAUACAUUUCUUCAAACUUGAAAAAAAAUACAGUGUGUUGCGAAUCUUUUGAAUAAGUAUUAAAGUUACGUGAAUCCCUGAACCGUAAAAACCUGAAUCACAAAAAUUAUUUCUUUCCUAUUUUCGAAAAAUGGAGUAUGGAAGAAAGGAAUCGCCAAAACAGACUAGCGGAUUACAAACGGAUAGUUUAAAAUCUACUUCUGGUCCCAACCUUACAUUCGUACAGAAGCCCAUUGAUAAUCCUCAGACUUGCAUUGUUCAACGCCAGAUUAAUGGAAACACAGCAAAGAUGCUGGUUGUUUUGCCGAAUCGACAGCAAAGAUUAAUUACUUUUGACAUACCUAACGAAGAAUGUACCGUACAGGAUCUAUUGGAGCAGGCAAACAUCUCGUUCGGUCCGGACACUGAUGUUUCUUUGGUGACGGACCAAACGUUUCAAAUAAACUUUGUGGUCGAAAUUGGCCAAGGCCCAUUUUCGGGUUCUGAUGAGGGUAGUGAACAAAGUAACACUAAUCUAUUUCUGGAUGAAAUGGAUACAAGCCUUGGAGAAUUUACAACUUUUCUCAGUCCGACGAAGAAGAGCGGUAACUAUUCGCUGACACAGCAGGCCGCACCCAAAUACCUGGAUGGAGAGCUGGCUUUCCACAAAUGUGGUGAAAUAAAAUCGACGAAUGUGAACUACUUCCAACGUGAGGAAACAGAACUUUCCAAUGAUUGCAAAAAUGUUCCGGCAAUGAUGGCUGUUGACGCAAUAAAGAAGAAGAUGCUUCUGCUUAAUAAUUACUAUAAUAAAAGCCUCAUCGACCACCGCCGAUCGGCCAAAAUGUACCGUGAUAGAUCAACACCAUUAUAUGGAAGAAGACUUUAUCACCUAUCAUCGACCGGCGAAGCGUUCUCCACAAAGCCAAUCCCAUCAACUUACGAUGAAGAAAGUAGUCUGACAACGAAAAAUUAAAUCGCAUGGACUAGAUCAUGACUACGUACGUAAUAUUGUUCGUAUGAAACUAGCAUCUUUACACAAAUUGCCUAGGUAAUAUUCUCAUUUAUCUAAGUAUGACAAGGUCGUUGAUACUGUCACAAUCCAAGAAAACUAUAAUAAUUAAUUUUAAUGGAUUAAUUGUCUUUUCUUUUUGUCGUCACUUUCAAGAUUAAAUAAAGUGUCGGUCAACUGUUAUACCAUUUAAUGCGCACAAUUUGUUCCAACCUUUAGUUCCUCCACUGAAAUAUUAUAUACCAGAGUAGAUUU